AUGGCUCUUGCUUAUUUGGCUUGGGAACAGAUUUUUUUGGAAGAAAGAGUUCUUAUAAUUGGAAGACGUUUAGAAAGAAGAAUACUUAGGGAUGGUCAAAACCCUUUUGAAUUACCGAAUGGGACAUCAUUACAGCAUAAAAGAACAUCUGGAUUAUCUCCUGAAUUACAAGUGUUAGUUUGUCUUCAUUUUUAUGCACAAGGGAGUUACCAAAAAGGAUUAGGUGGUAAUAGUAUAUUAAAUAUUAGCCAACCUUCGGUUAGUCGAUGCAUACAUUAUGUUACUGAAGCUAUUAAUCAGUGUCUGUUACGAAAAUGGAUUAAAUUUCCAAUGACUAGUGCUGAAAGACAAAGAGCUCGAGAAACUUUUGCACACGCUCCUCAAUCAUUUGAAGGUACAAUUGGUGCCAUUGAUUGUACAUACAUACAUAUACUUGCUCCUCGGCAACAUGAAGAAGCAUAUGUUAACCAUCAUGGUAAACAUUCAUUAAAUGUGCAAGCUAUUGUAAAUUCAAAAUUACAAUGCGUCGUGGAAUGGAGUACCUACCAUUAUAAUAAUGGUGAACGCCAAACAUGGCUAAUAGGAGAUGCUGGUUAUCCGUUAGAACCAUGGCUGAUGACUCCAUUGCCACACUAUCCAGAAGGUACUAGACAUUUUGAGUAUACUAAGAAAAUUUGUAAAGCUAGGAAUGUAGUAGAACGAUUUUUUGGGGUGUUAAAAAGCAUGUGGAGAUGUUUGUCUUAUCAGAGAGUGCUUAUGUAUUCACCUGACAUGGCAGGUAAAAUUGUCAAUGCAUGUGCUACUCUUCAUAAUAUUCGUAUCCAUUGCAAUCUACCUACUCUUGAAGAUUUUGAUAUCAUUGAUCAAGAAAACAAUCAAGAUGAAUUACUUGAAAAUCAACCUGAACCUGAAUUUGACCCAGCUCUAAUCGGCAAUGAAAGAGGACCUCGAGCAAUUGCUCAACGUAUUCAAAAACAAUUAAUGUUGGAACAGUUUGGAAACUAUAGAGAUGGAAACAAUGAUCAAUAA